AUGACAGACAGAAAAACAGAAAUAACUCUGGAGGUGAGGAAUGAGACAACAAUUCGGGAGUUCAUUCUGGAGGGGUUUCCUGCCCUCCAGUACCUAGGGAACGUUCUUUUCCUGGUGCAUCUGCUGGCGUCCCUGGCCUCCAUCACGGGAAACAUGGUGAUAAUCGUCAUCACCUGGGUUGAUCAUCGCCUCUAGACUUCAAUGUAUAUUUUACCUGCCACUUUCUCCUCCUGUGAAUGCUGUUUUAUCACCACAGUGAUUCCUAAACUGCUGUCCAUCUUUCUUUCAGGAAGGCAGACAAUUCCCUUUACUUCUUAUCUCACACAAGCCUUUUCUUUCCUAUUUCUUGGGUCAGUAAUUUUCUUCCUCAUGGCUGUGAUGUCCUUGGAUCAAUACCUGGCUAUUUGCAAGCCUCCACACUAUCCGACCAUCAUAAACCUGAGGGUUAGUUUCCUUCUGGUUUUCUUUUGCUGUACCUUGUCCUUCAUCUUCACCACUGGACUGGUGGUCCAGGUUUCCCAGUUUUCCUUCUGUGGCCCCCAUGUCAUCCCUCAUUUCUUCUGUGACUUUGGCCCCCUGAUUCAUCUAUCCUGUUCUGACACCAGAUGUGUUGAAAUGUUGGCCUUUGUCCUCCCUUUACGUAUCCUUUUGACAUCCCUCAUCAUAACCCUCAUUGCGUACAGCAAGACAGUAGUCACGAUCGUGCAUCUCCCAUCAGCCAAGGAACAACAGAAAGCUUUCUCCACCUACUCACCUCACCUCAUUUUCCUCUCUCUCAUGUAUGGCAGCUGUGUCUUUAUAUACGUGAAACCAAGGCAAAUGAAUAGGCUGGACUCCAACAGGGAGGCUGCCCUUGUGAACACGGUGGUGACCCCGCUGCUGAACCCUGUCAUCUACACUCUGCGGAACAAGCAGGUCCACCAGGCUCUGAGGGUCACUCUGUCCAGGGUGAGACUGCAGAAAUAG